AUGGUCGAUACUACAAACGGAUUGAUGGAUCCACAAUGGGAAGCUCAUCGGGGCCUUUUUGGGAAGCAAUCUGAAUUGGAGCUGCUUAUUGCAGAAGAUUCAGAGGCUGUUGAAGCUGGUUUUGCUGGGGUUCAGCUAUUAGACGGGAAAUCGCGCGUUCCGAUCGUUGUUGAGUUUCGUAAGACUUCCCAAUAA